AUGGAGGUGGUGCCACCAGAGGGACAGGCUAUCCCACAGCAGUGUACAAGUGACGGGGAUCUCGCGCUGUCGGCCUUUCGAUGUGCGGAGAAGCGCUACAAGUUGUACCGGUACGAUCGCCGCACUGCUCGGCGCACGCAUGUACCAGAAACAGACUUUAGUGAUGUAGUGGAUUUCCACUGCCUUGAGACAAACACGGAGAAGAAUCGUUCUCUCAUUGGUGUGCUUGAUGGCUUUGAUGAUGCGCAUGUGAAAUGCUUCACGUUUGCUGGUGUGCCUGGGCUACUCGUUUUCUCCCAAGCUAUUAGCGAGACGGAUCAGCAGGAACUCUGCCGUGAUGCUCUGCUGGAGUAUGGUGAUUCUCAGAGGCAUCCUAAUCACCUUUCAACGCACGCGAGCAAGCCGAGAAGCACAACGCGGUACGAGCCACCGAUGCGCUGGGCGACACUUGGCUUCAGCUACAAUUGGACGUUGAAGUCGUACUGCAAGGAGCGCUAUUCGCCAUUUCCGCAGCGACUGAGGAAACAUAUUAAGCGGAUCGUUAGUCUAUUAAGCAAGACACCCUUGCUGAAGGCUAACGAUCCUCUCGUAUUCGAGCCUCAAACAUCAAUUGUCAAUUACUAUCCUGUGGGUUCUAUGUUAAUGGCCCACCAGGACGUUAGCGAAGAGUUGAUACAGCAACCGCUGAUUAGUAUCUCGCUAGGCUGCUCUUGUGUGUUCCUCAUGGGGACACCAUCACGUGAUGAUGCGCCGUAUGCCUUCUGGCUUCGGAGUGGCGACGUGGCAGUGUUCUGCGGUCCGUCUCGCACAGCAUUCCACUCUGUGCCUCGUAUCAUGGACGACUGCCCACCGCACUUGUGUACACUAACAGGGGACAUCAGUGGCGAUCAAGAUGAGGGUGAGGCGUACUGGCGGGAACAGAUGCGUCACAUGCGUCUUAACAUCAAUGUGAGGCAGGUGUUUGCUGAUAGCUGUGGGUUUCUGUUCGAGUAA